AUGACGGUUAAUGCAACAGCAACAUCAACUUCAAUUCUUAUUGGAUUUUUGGAAAUAUUAACACAUGAAAAUGAAUUCAGUUACAAGUUGAUGGAACUUACCAAUUGGAUUAAGGAAGAUCGUUAUUAUCAAACUAUUCUCUAUAUGAGACAUGAUGACAAACAGGGAAAUGAUUAUGAAGAACUCUACAAUACGGAUAAAAUAUUAAAAUAUAUAAUGGAUGAAAGUAAUACACCUAUUAUCAAUCUUAAGGGGAAUACUUCAUAUUAUUUGUGGUCUAGAUAUAAUCGGCGUUUUAUGGCUAUAGUACAUUUGAAUGGCAAUGAAAAUGAGGACCAAGAACUAUUAAAGACUUUAUGGAGAACACUGAAACGUAAUUUACUCACCAGAUUUAUAUUGUUGCUAAAAAGGUCAAGAGAUUGGAAAUACAUUAAAAAUAUUUUAAAUUUUUGUUAUGAAAACAAAGUUGUCAAUGUUAUGGUUAUUAAUAUAUCUCUGCAAAAAGGCAAUGUGCUUUAUACCAUGGAAAUCUUUCCGGAAUUCAAAGUAAGGUACGAAAAACUAAAGGAAAGAAAUACAACUGUUCUAUUUAUUGAUCAAGUAAAAAAUAUGCAUGGUGCUGCCAUUACUUUGAUUAUGAAUAAAGCCAGCUCAAGAUGUUAUUUACUAAGAAUAGAAAAUGGAAAAUUUAUAUUGGGUGGUUUUGUGGGACACUUCUUUAGCGAAUUUGCACGCAAGCACAAUGCAACUUUAACAUUUCCUAAUUAUCAUACUUUGGAUAAUGAAAUGUUUCUCAGUUUAAUGGACGAUUUAGUGGAAAAUGGUACGUAUGAUGCCUCUACAGAACUUUCAAUAAACUUGUAUAACACUGAUUUGGUCUACACAAAGACUUACGACUAUAUGGAUUGGUGCCUGAUGGUGCCAUUAGAAGAAUCUGUGCCGUCUUAUAGUUUUUAUGUAAUGGUAUUUGACACGGCCAGCAUGGUUAUGAUUUUAAUAGCUUUCAUAGCAUUUUCCAUAGUAUUGGCUGUUACCUAUAUUGUUAAACAAGAACGUGUUAUUUGCAAUGAACUUCUAUUUAAUAUAUACGUACUCAAUGGACUUUUGGGUCAGUCAUUUAAAGGUGAACGCUCUUUCUCCAGCGUACGCAGUUUACUUUUUAUGCUAAUUUGCUUAUCAGGCUUGGUGUUCAAUACCACAUAUGUCACCUACUUACAAACCUUCAAUGCCAGACCACCUAAGAAACAUGUUAUAAAUUCUCUGGAAGAUAUUAAAAAAUCGGGCAUGCUUAUCGCUCUAUAUAAAGAAGAAUAUGCUUUACUUAAAGCUUAUGAUGUAGGUAUUGAACUUACUAACCAUUUAAAAGUUAUACCAUCCUAUACGGAAUAUCAUGCUUUACGUGAUAGUUUUGAUGGCCGUUUCAUAUAUCCAGUCCCUUCAGCUCAAUGGACCUUGUAUGAGCAACAACAGAAAUUUUUCUCCAAACCGCGUUAUCGUUUAACAGAUAUUUGUAUUAUCAAAAUGAUUGGCAUGCAACUACCUUUACAACCCAAUUCACCCUACGAGGAGGCCAUGAAUACUGUCAUUGGUCAAGUCAAUCAAGCGGGAAUUGUUGCCUAUUGGAAAUCAUUGGCAUUUUUGGAAUUUGUUCAAUUGAAGAGAAUCAGUUUGGAGGAUAAGAGUAGCAUAUCAACAUUUGAACCCAUGAAAUUGGAAGAUAUGAAACUGUUAAUGUUCCUUUUUAUUGUUAUAGUAAUAUUACUGUGCAUUUGUUUUGCCAUAGAAGUUUACUGGCCCUAUCGUGGCAGAUUUUUAAAAAAGUUUAUUCGUUUAAUAAAAAGAUUGUGUUAA